AGAGUUGGCGACGGAGAAUGAGAUGGAGAUGGAGAAAGAGAAAGCGAAUAUGGUGAAGACUUUUAAAACAACACCAUUUGAGAGGAGGACGUUGCAGGAGAAGCUGGAAGUGAAAGAGCUUGGACCUGAUCAGCCGGACAUCACGAGUCAGCAGUCAACAGACAGAGGGAGGCGAUACACUCUGUCAUUUUCCAGGACGUGGUUUAGCAAGAAGGCUUUGCUAACUGCAUGUAGCAAGCCUAAUGUUUUAUUCUGCUUUCCCUGCCUCCUUUUUCAAACAUCAGGAUCAGACACAGCAUGGAUUCAGACAGGUAUGACUGAUUUAAAGCACUUUUCAGAAAAAGCAAAGAAGCAUGAACAAACUAGGAUCCACAUGGAAAAUGCAAUGCGACUAGCCAUGUUUGGAAGAGUAAACAUUUCUGCUCAGCUUGAUGAAGGCUACAGGAUAGGGAUCCAUAAGCAUGAUGCGGAGGGUGACGAAAACAGUCACAUCCUGUCUAAAAUAACAGACUGUGUCAAGUUCUGUGGUGCAUUUGAGCUAGCCCUGCGUGGCCAUGAUGAAAGUGAAAGCUCAGAAAAUCCUAGUAUUUUUAGAGGAUUGGUGGAUUUUGUAGCAUCACUAGAUGCAGUUCUACACGAGCACCUGGAGAGUGCUACUGUGUUUAAGGGAACAUCUAAGACUGUACAGAAUGAACUCCUUGACUGCAUGCUUUCAGUUUUGAGAGAGUACAUCAUUGAAGAAAUCAGGAGUGCAGACUUUGUCUCCAUCCAGGGUGAUGAAACAAAGGACAUUUCCACUUACUGUCAGCUGGUGCUUGUGAUCUGCUACAUUGAUGAAGCCCAUGAUGUGCAAGAGAGGUUUUUUGAGUUCAUACCUCUCCGAAGUGCCACAGCUGAUUCCAUUGCCACAGCACUUCUGGAUAGGUUGAGCUCCAUUCUCCCUGAUGACCAGAAGAGCAAGCUCCCAGGCAUAUGAUGGUGCAAGUGUCAUGAGAGGAGUCACAGGUGGUGUGCAGAAGAAGGGAAUAAUGUAAACAUUCAUCUGAAGUCGUGUUGUGUCCACUUGCUGAAUUCUGUUUGAUAUAG